AUGGCGGAAACACCUCGCGUCCUGCGCCCGCGCCCAAGACGCCCAUUUGAACUCACUCCUGCCUCCAAUGAGUCGUCCGGACCUCCUACGCCCGCCGACCCCUCCAAUGCCGACCUGCUAAGUCCCAAUACUCAGGAGACUGAAUCGACUUCGACAAGCGUGAGUCGCACCGGUUCAAUCUUGAACUUGACCUCCUCGACCCUCUACGGAAUCUACCAGCCUACGGCAUUCAAUGGCCUUCGCGGUGAAGACAGCCCCUGGGGCACGGAAGCGAACUCCCCUGCAGCCGAAACCCCCCCCGGAGCCCAUGCAGCGCGAGGCCGAGAAGGUAUGUUCCGUGGCGUCAUCUUGCCGCAAGUGGUGAGCAGUGCUUUGCUGUUUGGCUUUGGCAUUGUUUACGGCGUGAUUACGGUCCACCUCCACCACAACCACUGGAUUACUCCCGUCAAGCUUGAGAAUGUUCACUACUACGACUCAUGGCAGUACUUGGGCUCCUGGGGUUUGGCAGGUAUCGCGCUGGGCAACAUUCUUCCUUGGCUGGAUAGCUGGCGCGAGACCGACGAGAGCUACCAGGCGAAGGCAAGCAGUGAAGAGGGCCAGGACCGAACUCCUUCAUGGGUGACUGUUGCUCGCAGUAUCGGUGCAUUCGUCGGAAUCGCAUUCGCUAUGCGCCGACUUCCCUGGGAAUCUACGACCCAAGCCUCCUUGACCCUCGCUCUCGCAAACCCCGUCCUAUGGUACCUGAUCGAUCGCACCUGGACCGGGUUUGCCCUCUUCGCCGUCGUUGGAAUCGCCGGCAUGAGCGCUGUCCUCGGGCUAAAGCCCCAGUUGAUUCCUGCCUCCACUGGCCCUUCGGUAGGCUCUGCCUUCUUGAAUGGAACUGGAUGGGAGAACACGAUGGGAGCAGGCAUUACACAGGAAAGCAUGGCGGUCCGCACCUGGGUUGCAAGUGUGAUUUUCUGUGCCUGCGUGUGUUUUGGAAACAUCGGUCGCCAGCUCGCUAUUGGAGCCGGCAUGAGAGAUACCCUGAAGCCAUAA